UUCAUAGUUAUGGCACCCCAAAAAAAGUACGAAAUUAUUACAAUUUUGGAGGUUUCUGAAACCUCUGCCUAUUGUGGAGACUUUUGAUUCCUUUGAAGCAAUCAAUGACCUCUCUGUCUCUCAUUUGCCAGCAAAGAGAGCUUGUUUAAUGUUGUUUAUGGUUCACAUUUUUAUACAUCACAUUUUCACUGAAUCAUCCUCUGCGUCUCUCAGGAGGAAGAAGAACACUUAGUUGCAGCAGAGAAGAAGCAACGUUCUAGAGAGAAGGGUUUUCUUGAGGUAGCAAUGGAAGGGGGAGAAGAGUUUCAAGAAGAAGAUGUUUGGUCAGUUUUGAGAGAAAAAGAUACUCCAGGUCCUGGAAUGAAAAUGUCCAAAAGUAACAACAAUCUCUUCGCAGCCUCAUCUUCGUCUUCUGCACGGUACAUUGCUAAGGGCAACGAGGUCGUCUCAGCAGGAGGGGCAAAACAGUCUCCUGCUCCCAUGAAUAUUCCUGACUGGCCCAAGGUUUAUGGGUAUCCAAAGAAGAACACAAACAGCCACUUGCAUUCGUGGGCCACUGAAGACGAUGAUGAAGGCUCAAUGGUUCCUCCUCAUGAAUUGGUAGCAAGAAGACUCGCAAGAACGCAGAUCUCAUCUUUCUCAAUGUGUGAAGGAAUCGGAAGAACACUCAAAGGAAGAGAUCUCAGCAAAACAAGAAACCCUGUCCUAACCAGAACUGGUUUCUUGGAAUCCAAUAUCACAUCUUCAUCAACAUCACCACCACCACCAUAGUUAUGGCAUGGCAUGGAAGCAUAUGGGGGAUGAAUGAUCAAUAUCACAUUCACACAUAGAGCCCUCUUUUACCACCACCAUACCAUAUCGUUAUCAUGAAAAAAACCUAAAACUUUAUGGUAUCCACAUGAUUUUUAUUUAAAUAUCAAUGUUAUUGUCGUUAUCACCAUGUAGGGAAUCAUGACACUACCAAUAUGGUUGAGUUCUCUUUCUUUUUUGUUGUUGUUAGGUUUUUGGAUUUUUUAGAUAAGUAUGAUGACGAUGAGGAUGACUUGUCAAUCCCAUGCAUGGGACCCGUAUCAUUUUUCUUAUGUUGUGUUUGUAGUUCUCAAUGAUCUUUAUAUUAACUCU